AGUUAUCUAUGAUAAAAUAACAAUAUUAAUUUAAAGUACUGGUUUUUGGUAAUGUUCAUCAUAUUAAAUGCGACUGUUAUUUUAACUUGAUAUUAAUUGAUUAAUGUUAUAAAAUUAAAAUGAAUAGCAAUUCUACUCCUAAAAUACUACGUUCUACAGCAAAAAUACCAGAAACUCCAGUUUUAGAACGUAUAGGUUAUGGAACAGGCGUUGGAGUAUUCAAUUUAGAAAGAGAUGAAAAGUCUCCUUGGGCAGCUAAAAUUAUUAGUCGACAAGCUGGUAGAGAUCGUAAGCAAUAUAGUAAUCGUUUACAAUUAGAAGCUAAAGUUCUAUCUUCUCUCAAGCAUCCAAAUAUUAUUGGUUAUAGAGCAUUUGUUAAAAGACCUGAUGGUCGUGAAGUAUUAUUAAUGGAACAAUGUGAACAAAGCUUGGGAGAUUUAAUAGAAAUGAGGAAUGAUGAAAACAUUGGACCAUUCCCUGUAGAAUGUAUAAUGAAAGUAGCUAUUGACAUUGCUAGAGCAUUAAACUAUUUGCAUACUUCUUUAGUAUUGCAUGGAGAUAUUAAAUCAGGCAAUGUUUUAGUAAAAAAUAAUUUUGAGAUUGUCAAGCUUUGUGAUUUUGGAGUCAGUCUACCUUUAAAAUCUGAUGGAACACUUCAUAAAAUUAAAGGUUAUAAAGCAUCAUAUGUAGGCACACCAUGCUGGUCAGCACCUGAAGUUUUAAAAGGUGAAGAAUGUCUUGGUGCUAUAAUUACUAACAAAGCAGAUAUAUUUAGUUAUGGUUUAGUUUUAUGGGAAAUGUUGACUUUAUCUGUGCCAAAUAUCAAUACAGAUAUGGAUGAAUCAUACUACACUGGUUUUAGUGAAGAUAUGGAUGCUAACCUAGGACAAAGACCACCUUUACCAGAAAACAUUACUUCAAACCCAGCAUAUAGACGUAUAAUAGAAUUGUUUGAAAUGUGUACUGUACAAGACUACACUAAAAGGCCCUCAGCUAAACAAAUUCUUAAAAUAAUUGAUGUUUAAAUGAAGAUAUUUUUCUAUGUAAUUAUUAUGUAUGUAUGUAUGAUAUAUAUGACCAAACAUUUAUUGACUGCAACAUUUUUAUUUAGUAUAUUUGUCUAUUUUGCUUUAAAA